AUGGCAGCCAAGGAAAGAAGAGUCAACAACGCUCGACGCCCUUCUUCCUCUUCUUCUUCCUCUUCCUCCCACUAUCCCUCGUCCUGCAGUUCCAUAUCUCCCCCGCGACCCUCUUACCAGCAUCAUCUGUCUCCACCUCCAAGAAACCUCCAAGCCAGCGAACACAAUAGUGCCCGAGAGCAUCUUGCAAGUCUUAUAAGGAGACACGGCCCCCCGACCCCGGUAUCCUCAUCCUCUUCUCUACGAAAAUUAACCUCGACGUCCCCAAUCAACACAUCAUUCCUCCCACCCGACUCAGUCGAGACACCGCCAGCUUCUCCCCCACCUGCAAUCGAAAAGGCCUACGAGUCCACCGCAGGCUCUCAACCUAUUCCUAUUCCUCGUGCCAACUUGAAUCGCUCUUUUGACGACUUCCCCAUCACGCCGCUCACUGGUCGCUUUGAAUACGGUCUGUACUUAACAGAACCCCCCCCUACAGAUCCCCGCCCAUCAUUAAAGAACCACAACACGCGAAACGAUAAAAAAUCUUCCCGGCGGAAAAGUUCUCGACCAGCUGCAUCCUCCGCCUCGAAUUCUGCAUCUGCUCGGUCCACAAAAAGAAUGCCGCAUUCGUCUGGUCCAUCCUUAGCCAUGCCAGUCCAAUCAGGCCCUGUAUCGCCAAAGGCGACACCCAAGGACAAUGCGAUGUACCUGGGUAACUUGCCGCGUUUUCACCCUGCUGUAUAUCAAUCUCCCAAUAGCACGCCCAACGCUUCCUUGUCGAAUGCGACAUCCAACCACCAUCCAAGAUCUUUUGGGUAUCGCGUCGCAUCGGGAGGAGGAUCCAGGGAAGCUCUGAGACAAUAUCGCGAGCUGGUGGCAGCUAGUCUUUCGCAAUCACGCCAUACUGAGAUUUCGGCUCCUCGAUUGGACCCUCUCGGCAGCCCUGGUCCAGUGACCCCGCUUGCUCUCGAGGAGACAGACAGCUAUAUGGCUGCCAGACCGAACGCACCGGAUAACCAUACACCAUCCCGGAAGCCCGACUCAAUUGGCGAGCGGGAACGACAUGUAUCUCCUCGUUCAAAGGAUAGCAAAAGUCGAUGA